GGUACCUACCUCUUGCAUACAGCAGGUUGAUCAGAGGCAUACAAGCACACGCUCUACUUAUCACAUCACCGCGCUCGAGGUUCAAGGCGACAUUCCGUAAAUGGAUGAUGACGACUUCGGUGCAGAUGCAGAUUUCCUCUCUGCGCUCGCCUCCUCGGCACCGGCAGCCUCAAGUGCUCCAAGCCAACCACGAUCGCAACAGUCCACAAGUCGUCCGCAGCAGCCGACUCCUCAGAGGAUACAGCAGCCAGCUCCUCAGCGCCUAGACAAGCGACCGCCUCCCAGCGCAUCGACUUCGAAUAUUGUCCAGCCCACACCGCAAGCGCUUCCACAGCGAUCUGCCGGUUCUUCAAUACUCGUCUCGCCGCGUCAGAAGGGCAACCCCGUGCUAACCGCUCUACGAUCUCUAGCCUGGGAAUAUAGUGACAUUCCAGCGGAUUAUGGCCUGGGUUUGACGACUUGCGCUCUUUUUCUUAGUCUCAAGUACCAUCGGCUUCAUCCUGAAUAUAUCUAUACGCGAAUCCGUAAUUUGCAGGGCAAAUAUAGUUUACGUAUCCUGUUAACUAUGGUUGAUAUACCAAACCACGAAGACUCGCUGCGUGAACUGUCUAAGACGUCCUUGAUCAACAACGUUACUAUCAUCUUAUGUUGGUCGGCUGCCGAGGCUGCAAGAUAUCUCGAGCUAUACAAGUCUUACGAACAUGCCAACUUCAAUGCCAUCAAAGGACAGCAAGCUACAAGCUAUGCUGAGAAACUAGCAGAAUUUGUUACCGUACCCAGGGGAAUCAACAAAGCCGAUGCGGUCUCACUCGUCAGCGCCUUUGGAAGUAUCAAGGACGCUGUCAACGCCGAUCCUGAGCAAGUUGCUAUUAUUAAUGGAUGGGGUGAAAAGAAGGUGAAGAGAUGGUGUAGCGUCGUAGAAGAGCCUUUCAGAGUCCAGCAGGCCAAACGUCGGCUCAUCACUAGUGAAACCAACACGGUAUUGGAUCAGGCGUUGCCCUUAAGUCGAGUCCCUUUAAGAGACAUGGCCCGUCUGUCUGCAAGCGCACCACGGGAGAGUGCAAGCACAACGCCGCAACCGCAACCGCAACCACAACUCAAUGCCGACAAACCGUCCGCUACAGUCAAUGCUACCCACUUUCCAGAUGUGCAUCUGGAUGACGAGGAAGAAGCAAUGUUAGCGGCAGCUAUCGAAGAAUCGAAGAAAACCGCUUCUCAAGAAAGGAUGAGGGCAUCUGAGACGAACUCAAGUAGUAGCACCCGCAAAGCCGAUGAUCUCAGUGACGGUGUCGCGGCUGCACUGGCACGCCUUAGAGAGAAAGGGUGACGUUCAAUCGUUGACACGAAUACUCAUAUACAAACUAUAAGCUAGAGAUUCCUUGCUUCUUAGUUGACAAAGAACUGAAGCAAAGGAAGAAAUAAUGUGGCCACGAUGGUGAUCAAAUUGAGCGUUACUCGCCA